AUGAAGUUGUUUCAAAUUUAUCAUUCACUUAUCAUGCUUUCAUUAAUAACAACAUCAACAUUAGCUAUGAAUUACUCCAAGGCGGGAUGCGAAGAUACGUGUGGGAACGUAACGAUUCCAUACCCUUUUGGAAUUGGAGCAAAAUGUUCCAUCAAUGAAUGGUUCGUUGUCGAUUGCAACUCCUCCACACCGUAUCUUCCUGCACUCAACCACCUGGAAGUCCUUGCUGUAAACUUGGAAAAUCAAACAGUCACUGUUUAUGUGCCAACUAUCUAUGAUUGCCAGAACCAACUCCUGAACAGGAGCCAUAUCUCAAGCAUCAUUCUUGCUAGUAGCCCCUUCCUGAUUUCCAAAUCACAAAAAAAAUUUGUUGUCGAGGGGUGUGCCAAUGCAUUCAUCUCGGACGAUAAGGGGAGUGUGGUCGCUGGAUGUUCAAAUUCUUGUCGCAAGGACACUGUUAGCGAAGGCAACAAUUGUUACGGCAUCAAGUGUUGCACAGCCACACUUCCUCAUCAUCUCAAGUCAUACAGCAUGAAUCUAACGGGGUUGGGUGGAGAGGGUGCAUGUGGGUCUGCCUUCUUGGUGGAUGAGAAUUCAUAUGUUGAAGGAAGCUUCUUAGGCCAAUCUAUUGCUUCAGACAAUUGCUCUGUCCCCCUGUCACUUCUAUGGAUGCUAACAGACAGUGAUGAUUUGCAUCAAUCAUCUUGUUGUGMUCCGGGAGGGGACCGUAUAAGCUCUCCCGUGGAUUUGGGGAAUGGUACUUCAGUGGAUUCUCGAAUAUGCUACAAGUACCGUAAUUAUGAAGGAAACCCUUAUUUACCAUUUGGAUGCAAUGUAAAGGAAGAAUGUACAAGGUGUAUCGCUAGUGGAGGUUACUGUGACUACGGAGAAGAGAUUCUCGGAGAAGAGACUCUCGGAGAAGAGACUUUAGCUUACGGCUAUAAGCUAAAUUGUAUUAUGGAUCCCUAUGGUGAUCCUCGUCACCUAAACAUUGAAACAAAAUCCCAUCCCCUGGGUGUUAUUCUAGGUGUUAGCAUAAGCAUGGGGGUACUUUUUCUUACAACGAUCAUCUAUGCGUUGUACAAAGUAAUCAAGAAAACCAAAGCCCGUAGACGUCGGAAGAGGUUUUUUAAACGCAAUGGCGGCCUACUCCUAAAGCAACAGGAAGAGGCUGACCCGUCUUUAGUUGAUAAGACCAUAUUGUUUACAUCACGUGAAUUGGAGAAGGCGACCGACCACUAUAACGAGAACAGAAUUCUCGGCCGAGGAGGUCAAGGUACAGUCUACAAAGGUAUGCUAGUUGAUGGAAGGAUUGUGGCAGUCAAGAAAUCAAAGGUAGUGGAUGAAAGCCAAUUAGAGCAGUUUGUCAAUGAGGUGGUCAUUCUUUCGCAAGUCAAUCAUCGGAAUGUGGUGAAGCUAUUGGGAUGUUGCUUGGAGACCGAGGUUCCUCUACUARUUUCUGAAUUCAUUUCAAAUGGGACAUYGUACGAUCGUAUYCACAAYGGGAUUGAUGACUCUCCAAUUUCUCUCAAAAUGAGAUUACAAAUUGCUACAGAGGUUGCAGGAGCCCUUGCUUAUUUGCAUUCARCAACUUCCAUUCCAAUAUAUCACAGGGACAUUAAAACCACUAACAUUCUCUUGGAUGAGAAAUACAGGGCCAAAGUUUCAGACUUUGGAACUUCAAGGUUUGUGUCAAUAGAUCAAACUCACUUGACUACCUUAGUUAAAGGAGAAAGACCAAUUUCCCUGACUAGAUUUGGCGGAACUAGAAGUUUGGCUACACAUUUUCUGUUGGCUAUGGAAGAUGGUCGUGUUAUGUCUAUUUUUGAUUCGAUGGUGAUUAAGGGGGGUAGCAGGGAUGAGCUCUUGGCAGUAGCCAACCUUGCAAUGCGAUGCUURAAUUUGAAUGGAAAAAAUAGGCCAACGAUGAAAGAAGUUGCAGUAGAGUUAGAAAGUAUCCGAAUGUCGCACAUUCCCUCUACGGUUCAAACUAGUUUCGAACAAGUGAUGUACCCACAGGAAUUGGAGAUGACAACAUAUGGUGAGUCAACAUCGUCAACCUUCUUGAGUGUUGAUAACCUUAAUUAGUCGAUCAUUCGUUUUUUGUUGCUUAGUAUAAUUACAUUGUCAUAUAUAUAGUUCAAGAAUAUGAUAUA